AUGAAGAGGAAACUUUCUAUUUCGCCGUCCCCAAGCAAUGAGCGGGAUGGCAAACAGGUAGCCACGCUCCAAUCGCAGCCCGCAGAACCUGCCACCGGAUAUCUGACACAACCGCCCACCUAUGGUGUCUACCAGCACAAUAUCCUCGAAGGUUCUGGUCAAGAAGGUGCCAAACUCAUCACCACAUCAAAAACUCGCGAUGACGCUCACGACUUCAUGCGUAACCAUGCUCUUCUACUCAUCAAUGCCAAUCCCCGCUGGGGCGCCACCGAAGAGCAUACCACAUACAAUAUCUACGAAAUCCUCGAUAGCAAACAUUACAUCCAACUCCGCUACGACAUCUCUCCCAUCCACUUCACCGACUUCGACGAGGUCGGCGAUCCACUGUGGCAACGUGGCGCAGCUCCCAUGGUCGCACCAAGACACUAUGGCAUUUACUUCUCCCUCCAUCCGAAAGAUGGUGAGGACGUUGAGACAAAGAAACAAUUCUCGGGCGGGUAUACGUGUCUUGGGGAGGCUUCUCAUGCAAUGACCUUGUCAGCUCGAGCCUUCUUGGCGAAGCAUAGUGGCUCAAAGGCCGAGGAGCGUAGUCUCGAAUUGCUAGAUGACGCGGGUCGUUUGGCACAGAAGUAUUGGAUUGAGGAGGGACGACUUGUAGAUGGGGUUUUCAUGCAAGAGGAGGAGUGGGAGGCCAUGUUGGACCAGCGUGACGAGGGGAUGUAUGUACCACCGGUGAUCAAGGGAAAGCGACAUUCUGUACUGAGGAUGCCGACUCCUGAGCUGCCCAUGGGGAGGAAAGGGCCUGAAAAUGAUCAUGUUGAGGUUCACAACGCUGAACCUGCGCAGCUGACACCACCGCCCGAUAUCUCAGCACAGGAAGGAGAGAAAGAAGAAGAUGGUGAUCCUACAAAGCCAUGGUGUUCAUGUCGCCAGCCUGAUGACGGCUUGCUGAUGAUAUGCUGUGCGAACGAAGACAAGUGCCCUGUGAAAUGGUACCAUGCGCGUUGUCUUGGUAUCCGCGAUGCGCCCGAGGAUUGGUUGUGUCCUGAGUGUGAUCCAACAACGAAAGGGGCCAAGAAGACGGCCGUGAAGAAGAGAGUUAAGAAGACGGUAGGGAGGAAGGUGGCCAACAAGACGGCAGCGAAGAAGAUGGCCGAUAAUCCGGCAACCCAGAAGAAGGGCAAUGAUGGCCGUGUUGCGAUGAAGAAAUCCAAGUCUGGCUGA